AUGCUGGCCACGGAGGCUGAUCGUGCUCUGCGUGCGGGCGCUGAUUACCUGCAUCUGGACGUCAUGGAUGGCCACUUUGUCCCUGCUAUUUCCUUCGGGCCGAAGGUGAUUGCCAAUCUUCGACGGCAUCACCCGAAGGUGUUUUUCGACUGCCACAUGAUGGUGGAGAAGCCCGAGGAGCAAGUGGAGGCUAUAGCCGAGGCCAAGGCUCUCCAUCCCGAGACCGGCAAGAACUUGCUGCAGUUUACUUUCCACAUCGAAACCACGGAGCCAAGAGGCUUGACACAGAAGGUCAUCGACCUCGCACGAAAGAAUGGCAUGUUGGUUGGCCUUGCGAUAAGUCCGGCCACGCCGAUCGAGCAAUUGCAGCCGUACCUGGAACAGGUGGAUAUGGUACUUGUCAUGACCGUUGUGCCUGGCAAGGGCGGGCAGUCUUUCAUGGUAGAGAUGAUGGAGAAAGUCCGCUCCGUGCGUGCCAAGUGCCCAGAAAAGGACAUAGAGGUGGAUGGCGGUGUCAAGGUACAUACCGUGGAUGAAGCUGCCAAAGCUGGCGCUAACAUGAUUGUCUCCGGCACCGGGGUCUACAAGGUUGAUGAUAUGGCUUUAGCAAUCGCGACGAUGAGAAGAAGUGUGGAGCUGUAUGGGAAUGGCCUUGCUGAAGACAAACUCUCACCUCUGAGAUAUGACAAGGAGAUCUUUGCGUAG